CCCCGCCCCCUUUGGUAAGCAGGAAGACCGCUGGCUAGCCACUCCAUGGAUUGUUGUAAUCAUUGAAAAAGCAGGCUAGAAGUUGACAGCUACCGGAUCAGCUGUUCGCGACACAAUCUCGGAAUUACCAAAACUACCUUAAGGAACGCCCCAGCAGUAGGCAGUUAGUUUUAGAACCAUCGCAACGUUACGAAAUUACUAUCGGGCUAGCUUCAUGUACACAGCUUUUCGCUAGUAAGCGCAAUUCAGCUAGCUAAUCAACCCAUCAUUUGUCGGAAAACUGUUUUAAAAACGUGUUAGCGCAAGGUCAGCUAGCCAGGUGACGUAGGACUUUACCAUGGGAUCUAGAGCGUCGACAUUAUUGAGAGAGGAGGAGAUUGAAGAAAUAAAAAAAGAGACUGGAUUUUCCCAUAGCCAGAUCACCCGGCUCUACAGUCGCUUUACCAGCUUGGACAAAGGGGAGAACGGCACACUCAGUCGAGAAGAUUUCCAGAGAAUUCCAGAGUUGGCCAUCAAUCCUUUGGGAGACAGAAUCAUCAAUGCCUUCUUUCCUGAGGGGCUGGACAGGGAAGACCAGGUGAACUUCCGGGGCUUCAUGAGGACGCUGGCCCACUUCCGUCCCAUUGAAGACAACGAGAAGAACAAGGACCCAACCGCUAGCGAACCGCUCAACAGCAGGACCAACAAGCUGCUCUUUGCUUUUCGACUGUACGACCUGGACAGGGAUGAUAAGAUCUCCCGUGACGAGCUUCUACAGGUUCUUAGAAUGAUGGUUGGGGUGAACAUCUCCGACGAGCAGCUGGGUAGCAUCGCUGACAGGACCAUCCAGGAAGCCGACCAGAAUGGAGACAACUCGAUUUCCUUUAAUGAGUUUAUCAAGGUACUAGAGAAGGUGGAUGUGGAACAGAAAAUGAGCAUCCGCUUCCUGCACUGAGACCCUGGCAGGCUGGGUUUUCUGACACGACUGUCAAUGAUUGGACCCCUGCCUGACACGACUGUCUCUGAUUGGCUGGACCCUCCACCACCACGACCACUACACCUGCUGAAACCAGACAUACAUUUGUGUUUCCCACUGGCACUCUAUUCCCGACGUAGUGCAUAACUUUUUUUUUUUACCAGGGACUGGGUCAGGAGUAGUUCAGGACGUUCAGACUCCCUUGUCAAUUAAGUAGUGUACUACGUAGGGAGUGGGAUGUCAGUUGGGAGGCGGAGCACAUCUACACACUAUUGGCCUCCUACUUCAGCCAGUCAUGCUUUCUUUCUGUGACCAAGUAUUUGGUAGAUAGGAUAACGUUGUCGUCUAUAUUGUUUGGUUCGUCAGACGUUUCUGCCUUGCACUGCUCUGUAAACUAAAGGGAAUAUGUGCCUUGGAUUGUGGACGCUUCUGUUUAACGCUGUCGUUGCUACUCUGGCUCCUUCCCCAGACAUGGAAUCUUAUUAUUUAUUGUUCACAUCACUAGAGGUGUAAAUGGGACUAAACUUUUUAUUAGUUACCAGGGCUCUGCGUUCUAACAUUAUUUUUAACAUAGAACUUUAAACAUUAAAGUGUGUUUGUUUGA